AUGGAUGAUGAAUCCAAUAAUGACUCCCAAGAUCCUUCACCGGAGAGGCACAAAAUUUCUGUCGAUUUUGCGUCUCACGGCUUGAAGCGGAGUGACUAUAGUUCAUCGCCUCCCACCAGGGGUGAAUUUGGUAGCAACUCUCGGGGAGGCCGUGGAAGAUGGGAAGGGCGCUCAGGUGGAUGGAAUGAUAAAGAUAGUGAUUCACAUUCUCACCGGGACCCAGGAGAGCCUGGAAGGCGUUCUGGCAUGCCAUCUCGGAGGCCUUGGCAAGCACCGGAGCAUGAUGGACUUCUGGGGAAAGGUUCUUUCCCGAAGUCUUCUGGACCAUCUGCCUCCAGACCUCAAUCUAAUGACGCGUGUCAGCUGAGUAGAACCAAUGAACCUUACCAUCCCCCUCGCCCAUAUAAGGCGGCACCGUUCACUCGACGUGACACGAGAGACUCAUUAAAUGACGAGACGUUUGGUUCUUCUGACUCUACAAGUGAAGAUAAAGCGGAAGAAGAACGAAAAAGAAGAGCUUCUUUUGAGUUGUUGAGGAAGGAACAUCAAAAAGUAUUCCAGGAGAGGCAAAAAUCAAACCCAGACUUACGUAAAAACGACUUUGAAUUUACGGAACUGCUUGGGGAGUCCAAAGAUGAAAAAGAGCGCCCAAGUAGAAGUGACGAAGUCAACAAAAAUCCGUCAAUCCCUGGUUCUAGUAACCACUCUUUUCACUCUCAGAGUAACGCACCCAGACCGCUUGUACCCCCUGGUUUUGGUAGCACAGUUUUGGAAAGAAAGCAAGGGGACAAACCUCAAGCCGAAACUUCUCAACAUGAACGUAGUCCUUUGAAUCCCAAAGGCAUUGAUAUGGUAUAUGGAACGUCUGUUACGAAUGAAGAAAAACCCUCGGUAUUUAAGAUAGGCUCCAGUGAGAUGCUGGUAGAAGAUGAAGCUGUCCGUGUCAAUUCCACUGACACAAGUGAGCAGGCUGUUAAUUUGUCUUCAUUUCUAGGAAAAAUUGAGCAAGCUUCAGUGAAGGACCAGAAGAAAAGCUUGAUGAUUUCGGAUGAGCCAUCAAUUCUGGAUAAGAUAUUCAACACCGCUAUAAAUUUGAAUAGUGGUGACUCUAAUAUUCCUCAGAAAAUUGUUGAAAGAGUAGAAGAGACACGGAGCCCUGAGACUUUUAAAUCGUCAAAGUUCGCACAUCUAUUUCUUGAAGACGAUAACAAGCCAGUCGAAGAUCUCCCAUCCAGCAGGCCACCAGGAGGCUUACUGUCACUACUUCAAGGUGCGGAUAAGUUGCAAACCUUUGACACAAAAGCUAAGGGUGAGCUUUCGAUGGAUUUUCCUUAUCAAGGCCAUGCCACUAAAAGUACUGAUAAGCUAAGCAACACUUCCGCAAGGAAAUCAGUAACAGCUGCUCCACCUGUUCUCACUUGUGAAGACCUUGAGCAGUCUAUUCUGUCAGAAGUCAGUGAAAGUUAUCAUCCUCCUCAACCGCCAGUUGACCAAGAGCUUAGUGUUUCUUCUGUGAAGAAAACCAAUCAACGGAAAACAACUGUUGAUAACCAAGCUUCGCAGCACCUUCUUUCUUUGUUACAGAGAAGUGCAAACCCAACAAGUCAAGAUACGCUGCUGCUUCCAGUUACAGAGAGUAGACCACUACCAUCUGUGAAACCACCUACAGCUGGAGAAGUAGAUCCGGGGAAGUCUUUGACUCUUGAGAAUCUAUUUGGGAGUGCCUUCAUGAACGAACUGCAGUCAAUUGGAGAACCUGUCUCUGGAAGAGCUGUGGUUUCUGAUGCCCCUGCGGCCCCACUUCGAUCAGAGAGGUCUAUCGGUGAACUGAGCCAAAGAAAUCGAAUGAGACCUGACGGUUUCCCCGGAGGGCUACUUGGCUUUCCUGAAGAUAGUAAUUUACUUGCAAACCCACAAAAAUACAUGUCUUCUCCAGGACCUCGUAAUCAGGAGCCUGAAGUCACAUUCAACAUCUCUGACAAGCUAGCUGCUUUAAACUCUGGUCCAAGGAAUGAAAGACCAAUAAUGGGAAGUCAAGAUGGUCCCUUUCUUCACCAUCAAUAUGCAACCGACCCCUCUUCUCACUUCAAUGGUUCCAGCCCAGUCUUCCAUUCUCAUGUUAAACCUCAGCUCGAUUUCAUGGGCCAAGGAAGCACCAUAGCUCAACAUCAGGAUCGUCCACCAAAUCACCGGUUUCCACCAAGCAUGAUUCAUCGCCCACCUUUUCAUCAUUCAGCAACAGGUGGACUUCCCGAGUUUGAUCGUCUUCCUCCACAUAUGAUGCAGAAAAUGCAUAUGCAAGAUAACCUGCAAAACCAUCAUCUAAUGCAAGGAUUCCCAGGUGGUGGUCACUCUCCUAACGUGAACAACCAAAUGCCGGGUCUCAUCCCCGAGUUAAAUCCAUCUCAAGGCUUUCCCUGCGCCCAUCGCCAGCCCAGCUACGGUAUGCCACCACCAGGUUCGCAAGGAAACAGAGCUGAUCAUCCAGCUUCGCUGAAUACACUCUUAGGGAUUCACAAGAGGAUGGACACAUCGAACCAGUCUCCAGCCGAUGGUCCUAAUCGUCAGGGCUCAAUGGGUCAGGAACUCGACCUUGGAUUUGGCUACAGGUAA